GCAGAAAUCGGAAAUAGAAAACAAAAAUUAAGUAAUUUCGUGAAUUUCUUGUUUGAAAUAUAAGUGAAAAAUUUUUCUGAAUUGAAAUAUGCAAAUAAUUUCGAAAUUGGAAAUCUAUAAAUAUAAAUAUACGCAAAAACGCGGUAGACUUCAUACAUGCUAAUCAAAGAUGACAGAGCAGAAUCUAUAAAGAACCCACGAAAACACUACAUAGGGUACUGUUGAGCAUUAACAACUAAAAAACCAAAAAAUUAAGCAACAAAAUGUUUACUUCAUUCGCUGUGUUCACUGUUGGAAUAUUCUUACUUUACGGAUGGGCGUUGAUUAUCGAUUUAUUACAAAGUGCGUUUUUAUCAGACAAAACUACCAAACAUGUCACACCAAAAGAAACCAAAAUCGAAAACGCUAAAUCAAAAAACGAGGAAAAAAGUCAACUUUUGGAACAGGCAAACACCGAAAUGACUGAACUGAAAGCGAACUUUGAUCUACAAAAAUCAAUCCUCGAAAAAGACAAAUCCGAUUUAGUGGAUGCGAUUAAACUCGCUAAAACAGAAAACGAGGAAAAAAUUCGACUUUUAGUUUUAGAGCAGACUAAAACAAAACUGACGGAACUGAAAGCGAACUUUGAUCUACAAAAAUCAAUCCUCGAUGAAGAAAAAUCCGCUUUAGUGGAUGCGAUUAAAAUCGCUGAUAUGAAAAAUGAAGUAAAAAGCAAACUUUUGGAUAAAACGCAAACCGAGUUCACGAGCUUAAAAGCGCACUUCAAUAAUCAAAAAUCCACUCUCGAACUCGAAAAAUCUGCAUUGACGGAUGCAGUUAAAGCUGCUCAAACGGAAACGGAAGACAAGAAUCGACUUUUGGAACAGGCAAACACCGAAUUGAUGAACCAGAAAGCGCAAUAUGAUCAGCUAAAAUCCAACUUCGAUGAAGAAAAAGAAAAAAAUAGCAAACUUUUGGAUAAAACGCAAACCGAGUUCACGAGCUUAAAAGCGCACUUCAAUAAUCAAAAAUCCACUCUCGAACUCGAAAAAUCUGCAUUGACGGAUGCAGUUAAAGCUGCUCAAACGGAAACGGAAGACAAGAAUCGACUUUUGGAACAGGCAAACACCGAAUUGAUGAACCAGAAAGUGCAAUAUGAUCAGCUAAAAUCCGCUUUAGUGGAUGCGACUAACCUCGCUGAAACGGAAAAAGAAAAAAAUAGCAAACUUUUGGAUAAAACGCAAACCGAGUUCACGAGCUUAAAAGCGCACUUCAAUAAUCAAAAAUCCACUCUCGAACUCGAAAAAUCUGCAUUGACGGAUGCAGUUAAAGCUGCUCAAACGGAAACGGAAGACAAGAAUCGACUUUUGGAACAGGCAAACACCGAAUUGAUGAACCAGAAAGUGCAAUAUGAUCAGCUAAAAUCCGCUUUAGUGGAUGCGACUAACCUCGCUGAAACGGAAAAAGAAAAAAAUAGCAAACUUUUGGAUAAAACGCAAACCGAGUUCACGAGCUUAAAAGCGCACUUCAAUAAUCAAAAAUCCACUCUCGAACUCGAAAAAUCUGCAUUGACGGAUGCAGUUAAAGCUGCUCAAACGGAAACGGAAGACAAGAAUCGACUUUUGGAACAGGCAAAAACUGAAUUGAUGAACCAGAAAGCGCAAUAUGAUCAGCUAAAAUCCAAC